AGUUCACAUUUUUUUUCCUUGAAGCCGGCGCCGCUGCCGCAUGACUGUAAUCCGAUCCCUCCUCUCGCCGGCGGGUUAUUCCCCUCCACCUGUUCGACGAAAUGCGCGACCGGAAGCCGGCGAACUCAGAGGCCGCUCUUACCUCUCGUAUCUCGUUCUCGAUAGAACCAGGCGCGGCGAGCUCCCGCAGGCGCUCGAGCUCUUCCUCCAGCUCCAGCGCUCUGGUUGGUCGGCCGAUGAGUUUGCCCUCGCUAGCCUCCUCAACUCAUGCUCCGCUCUCCCUGGCGUGCGGCGACUCGGGGAGCAGCUCCAUGCUAAGUCCGUGCGCGCCGGUCUCUCUUCCGAGCGCGGCGUCCGCACUUCCCUCGUCGCGAUGUACUCCGCCGCCGGCCGAUUGGUCGACGCCCGCCAGGUGUUCGACGAAGUUCCCAUGAUCGAGGAGGCCGAUGUCCCGACGUGGAACGCCGUCAUCUCCGCCUACGCCUUCCAUGGUUCGUUCCUAGAUUGCUUCCUCUUGUUCCGAGCCAUGCUCGAGCUGGCUCACUUGGUGCCUACCGAUGCGACCUUCGCGAUCCUCAUCAGCGCGUGCGUGGCGAGCCAACAGGUUGCGAUCGGAAAGGUGAUACAUGCGAUGGCCCUCAAGAACCAGUCGCUCGAUGCGACCAAGACACUCAAUUCUCUCAUCUCCAUGUACGCAAAAUUGGGCUUUUGGGGAGAUGCCAUGAAAGUUUUCGAUGCAAUGUGUCCCAAGGAUGUUGUUUCCUGGAACGCCAUCAUCUCAGGCCUUGAACAAAAUGGUGAAUUCGAGGCGGCAAUCUCGAUUUUCCGCAGAAUGUCUGUGAGUCCAAACAGGAUUACCUGUCUCAGCUUGCUCAGCGCAAUAGCUUCUGUCCCGUCUCUGAGGUUGGGGAAGGAGGUUCAUGCUUGGUUAAUCAGAUCAGGCCUCAAUUCGGAAACAGCUAUAGGCAAUUCACUGAUCGCGAUGUACGGGAAGUGCAGCGACGACGUCCAGAAAGGAAGGUUGAUUUUUGAGAUGCUGCCUUGUCCUGAUGUUAUUAGCUGGAACUCUAUGCUCUCUGGUUAUGCUCAAAACGGUGAGUUCAUUAGCUUCUACAAAGUGUUUGAAGAAAUGCAGAGCUCAGGAUCAAGCCCUGACUUGCAUACUCUGACCAUUCUACUAUGUGCACUGUCACCCGAUUCAUUGGUGUCUUGUAAGCUUGGAAGAGAAAUUCAUGGCUAUCUGCUGAGACGAGAAGCUGAGCUGCCAGUUUCGUUGUCUGUGUGCAAUGCAUUGCUAACUAUGUAUUCGAAUUUCGGUCGGAUUUGUGAUGCAGAGAAGGUCUUUAAGGGUUUGAAUGAACUGGAUUCCUUCACUUUCAAUUCCAUGAUUGAUGGGCUCUCUAACAAUGACUUGUGUCAUGAUGCUAUGGCACUCUUUGUGGAGAUGCACAGGCAAGGAUUUCCAUUAGAGUCCUCAACCUUGUCGAUUGUUCUUACAGUUUGCAGCAAAAUGGUCUCCGUCGAAUUAGGAAAACAGCUUCAUGCAUUUGCGGUAAAGCAAUGUCUCCAUGCCUCAAUUGUUUCACAAAGUGGCUCCUUGUCCGUUGACAAUGCACUCGUCUCCAUGUAUUCGAAGUGUGGUAGCUUGAAUGAUGCAAUUCGAGUGUUUCAAAGGAUGGAGAAAAGGGAUGUGGUCUCUUGGACAGCCAUGAUCACAGGAUGUGCGCAACAUGGAGCGGCUAAUGGGUCAUUUGAAUUCUUUGGUGAAAUGAGAAACAGUGGCAUUUAUCCCAAUUCAAUCACUUAUCUCGGUUUACUUACUGCUUGUGCACAUGCUGGCCUAGUCGAAGAAGGGAAGCAAUAUUUUGGUUUGCUGAUAAAAGAAUGUAAAUGCCAACCUAGCAUCGAACAUUAUGCUUGUAUGGUGGAUUUGUUUGGUCGAUCCGGCCAGUUUCAGCAAAGUGAAGCUAUGGUUCAGUUGGCAACUUCUCGUAUGAAGCAAAAUAGCGAAUCUUGUUUACGACUAUGGAAAGUGUUGCUUGGGGCUUGCCACUCGCAUAGGCAACUUGAUCUUGGCAUUAGCAUUGGAUCAAGGAUUUUGGAUUCCAACCCGGACGAUGAAACUACUCAUGUUCUUCUUUCCAAUCUGUAUGCCGCGUUUGGCUUGUGGCACGAUGCAAUAUCGAUACGGAGGCUGAUGAAGGAAAAAGGGCUAAAGAAGGAGGCCGGAUGUAGUUGGGUAGAGACCGGAAACAGGAAGCAUGUUUUCGUAGCUGCUGAUGAUUUCCAUGAGAACAGGAAGGAGAUCUAUGAGAAGCUUGACGAGUUGGACAAUAAGUGUAGAAGAAUCGGGUAUGUCCCCGCAACGAAAUAUGUUCUCCAUGAUGUCGACAAGCUUCAGAAAGAGGCAAUCCUAAGAAACCAUAGCGAGAGAUUGGCUGUAUCGUUUGCAUUGCUAUCCUCAGCAAAGACGAAAGGAGUCGUCCGUGUGAUUAAGAAUCUCCGCGUGUGUGAGGAUUGCCAUAAUUGGAUGAAGUUUGCUAGCAAAGUUGAGGGCGUAGAGAUAGUCCUAAGAGAUUCGAGAAGGUUUCAUUCUUUCAUAGAAGGAAAAUGUUCUUGUGGCAAUUAUUGGUAACUAUGCGGAUUGAGCUUUCAUAGUAUUCAAGGAAGUGCAACAACAAUAGAAAUCCAGCCUUUGUGGUCAUACCAAAGAAAAAAGAGGGAAGGAGAAGAACUUAAAUCAACUAUUGAUUUUUGAAAAUAUUUUAAUUAAUUAAUUUAUUUAUUUAUUAUUAUUUUGUUUUUGCAUCAAUGCAGCUUAUAUGAUACAAUUAUUAGGUCGGCCCAAUAGUAUCUGAGGGUGAGAUCCGGUGUACUUGAUUGUUAUUGGGCCAUCCGAAUAUUGUAUUGCUACUGCAAGUAUAUAUUACUACAAUGCGCAAGGGAAGGGGUCGAAUCUGUGUCGGGAACUUCGGAUGGGAUCUUCCUUGCUGCGAAUCCCUUUCCGGGUUUUGGUUUUGCGAAAACUUACGGUGUUGGGGAAUUUCUUGGAGUUGUGUUCAUAGAUGUAGAGUUAGAGUUUAGUGCAUUUUAUUAGGGGGUCAAACGUAGAUUUGGGAUUUCAAAAUUGGGUGGCAUGUCCUUAGUUUUUUAUUUUGAAUAGGGGGCAAAUGCCAAGAAAUUACGACUUUUAAUCGACUCCUAUAAACGUAUCUUCUUUGAUGAAUUUAGUGACUUAAAAUUUCAUGUGUACUAGAUCUUUAUUUUUUUCAUUAUUAUUAUUACUGCUGCAGGAAGAACAUAGUGUACAUAUUUGAUGGAUGAUAAUUGUUCCAAUGGACAGGCCAUCGGCUCCCUCAUCUUGGGAGCUUGCACAAUGGCUUCUUAAAAAGCUAUAAACUUGCAUCUCGAUACCUUGUUUGGCUCGUGGUUUUUAGGUUUAGCAAUUGCACUAAUAUUUGCUCCAGCUGCUACUGUUAUCAAUCUCGAUAGUUUUCAAAAUGAAGCAUGCUAAAAUUUAUCUAGUCUUACUGCAUUGUCUAUGUUGCUGAAUGUCUGUUCUUUCUCUUCAUCUGACCUAAGUAAUACCUUGUUCUAAUUUUCUCUUUGAUCAUGCAUGCUUGUUAAGAUUCUUCACAUAGCCCCCUUCCAGGUAUGAUCUUACGUUGACUUGUAUUUAUGUACCUCGUCAUCUCUAUAUUUGACCAUUUACAUUAGAUUCUUUGACAUCUUAAGUUGAACAUCAAAUAUACAAGUAUAAAAAGGGCAGCCCGGUGAAUGAAGCUACUGUCGAUGCAGGGUCCAGGGAAGAGUAUAUUGUAUGCAGUCUUACCUCUAUUUGCAAGAGGCUAUGUCCUUGAUUCGAACCCGUGACGUCUAAGUCACAUAGCAACAACUUUACGGUUGCACCAAGACUCUCAAAGUCAGAAUAUUGAGCUAGAGAAAGGAUUGCAAAGAUCAGUUCAGUCAAUGUUCCUUCAAACCCCAAUGCAUGGCUUCUAAUGUGAGAGAACUAUGAAACUAUAAUUUUUGAAGAUCAUGAUUUUUCGGAAAAGCGUGAUAUUGAGUAUAUCCUUUAGCAGCUUCACUACAAAAGGAUUGAAGAGUUUAGGCACCACAUAAAUGCUGCAGAAUCUGCUGGAUCUACUACCUCUUCCAGUGCAAAACCUAUUGUUUGUUCUGAUAAAGUGAAGAAAAUCCAUGUUGUCUUCAAAAGCUUCCUGAUGGAAGCAACUGGAUUUUACCAUGAUCUGAUAUUGAAAAUCAGGGUAAAAUAUGACCUACCUUUGAGCUUUUUUAAUGAGAGAACUGACAGCGAAAUUGUUUUGACAAAAGAUGAGAAGAAAUUGGCUGAGAUGAAGAAAGGACUUAUGUCUUGUCACCGUUGUCUGAUAUACUUAGGAGACCUUGCACGUUACAAAGGACUAUAUGGGGAGGGAGACUCCGUUGGUUGUGAUUUUGCAGCUGCUGCUAGUUAUUAUAUGCAGGCAACUUGCAUGCGUCCUUCAAAUGGUAAUCCACAUACCAAGUUAAGAUCAUUGUUAAUUCGUGAGCACUUUUAUUAUCGUCGCCCUUGGCUUAUCAUUGCAUAGAGCAAUUAAUUUUUUUGGAUCUUGUAAACUUACACCAGUUGGCAAUACUUGCUUCCUACUCGGGUGAUGAGUUAUUGGCAAUCUACCAUUACUUUAGAAGUCUGUCCAUUGAUAUUCCAUUUUCAACAGCCCGAGAUAACAUGAUCAUCGCUUUUGAGAAGUUUUUUUUUUUUACUUCUUGCAAGUUACAACUAUGGAAUUCUCAAGGAAACAUGCCUAUGGAAAUGAUGGGGGCAAGGACAAAUUAUCUCGUGUCCAGAGGAUUCUAGCUGCUGGUAGAGCUAUUGCAAAUAUUGUUGCAGUUAAUCAGCAGAGAAUAAAUAUUGAUCCAAGCCUGAGGAAAUUUGUAAUGUGCAAAGAGCGAUGGUGGCCGUAUUGACUCUACCCUUUCAAGCUCGUCUCAUCCAACUGUUAUGGAAGAGGAGGGAAGUCAAAUUGAGAGCAUUGGUGAUAUUGGGAUAGUGCCAAAUCCAUCUGGUCUAGGGUUUUCACAAACUAAGACAUGAUCUUGUGUGGAAGGAGAAGAAGAGGAAGAAGAAAUUGUUUUCAUUCCUACAGUUUCUGACAAAUACGAAGAUCUGAAUGCUUUCAGAUUGAGUACUUUUGAUAUAUUCAACCCCCAACAUGUAUCAUCUGCAGGUGGUUGGAUGACACAUGCUCAUCCAUUUUCUGUUCCUUUUGAUGGUGCACCAACAUCAACUGUUUCAAAUGUGAGUUUGAAUCUGCAUCCAUCUAUCGAUCCUAUCAUGCAGCUUCCUUUGCAGCAUUUUAACCCUUCUUUGAGAUGGUUUGCAAAGCAAGAUGAAUUCCUUUCAGAUGGACUAAGAAAUAUGAACACGAAUGGAAAUUUAUAUAUGAAUAGCCAGAUGUUGCAAGAAUGUUCAAGUAACUUACAGCAAAAUACACUUUUACCCGGAGUUUGUUUUCCUGCCAUUCUAAAUGCUAACAGCGCACACUCUAGUCAAACUAAAUCAUCAGAGAUUUUCUUUUCGUCCCCACUUGAUGCUCUCUUGCAUUCAGGAGCAGCAUCCGAUGGAAGGACCUUAAAACAUUCGGCACCCUUACCAUCACUUAGAAAAGAUUAUGUAAAUCGUCCAGUUAGUCAGUUGGGGCCACCUCCUGGAUUUGGCCAUAUUCCUUCAAAGCAGCAGGAGGAAGCAAUUGCUAAUUCUUAUCCAAGGGAACAGCAGCCAGAGCUUGAUGAUUACAGCUGGCUAGAUGGCUAUCAAUCUUCAUCUUUUAAGAGCAUAGGGACUGUAAACUCACUUGAUCAACAUUACUACUGCGUUUACAAAUGUUUCUAGUUUUCCAUUUCUGAGGAAACAGGAUUCCAGUAAACCGGCCCAGACAAUUGAUGGGCAAAAGUGGCAAGAUCUUCAGGUUUUUAAGCAACUCAAAGCCCUUACUAGGCAGAAACUUGAGCAAUCAAGUCAACAGCACACUCUGCUGCCUGAACGACGUCAAGCGUAAUCUCUUUUGAUUUAACUGGUACUUUGUAAGAUUUUGUAAUGUCUAAAAUUGCAAUAUAUGUUUCAGAACUUUCAUGUGUUUAUCUAACCUAUAUGUUAUUGAGUUUCCAUUUA